AUGUCAACUUCCACACCCACCCAAUUACCGCUUGCGAGCACAUUGGCCUCUCUACCCAAGCUAAACAUUGUCUCACACGACCUGCGCUCGCAAACACGACAGGAAAUCACAUCCAACCCCAACAUUCCCAUCCUGGUUGCUCUCGACGACGACCCCACAGGCACGCAAACAUGCCACGAUAUUUCCGUCCUGACUACCUGGAGCAUUGAUGUCCUGGCACAAGAGUUUGCCCUGACGGCGCCGGGAAGCGGCUUCUUCAUUCUGACCAAUUCACGCGCAUUGCAUCCGCCGGCUGCAAGAAGCCUGAUGAUUGAGAUAUGUACGAAUCUGCAGGCUGCAGCUGCCAAGGCCGGUAAGAAAUUCGAAGUCGUCUUGCGUGGGGAUUCGACGCUCAGAGGGCAUUUUCCGCUGGAGCCUGAAGCGGUCGAGGAGGCGUUGGGGCGGAGCGAUGCGUGGAUUCUCGCUCCGUUUUUUCUGCAGGGCGGGAGAUACACUAUCGACGACGUACAUUACGUUGCAGAGGGCGAUGUGCUGGUGCCGGCUGGAGAAACGCCGUUUGCCAAGGACGCUACGUUUGGGUAUAAGAGCAGUAAUUUGAGAGAGUGGGUGAUUGAGAAAUCGGCGGGAGCGAUUGGUCCUGAGAGGAUAAAGAGUCUGGCGUUGAAGGACAUUCGCGAGAGCGGAGAGACAAAGGUGGAAGAGGUGCUGUGCAACGCCGACCAAGGCUCCGUCUUCAUCGUAAACUCUGCAGCGGAGGAAGACAUGGACAUUGUCGUCCGGGGCAUCCUGAGAGCUUCCACCAAAGGCAAGAAGUUCCUCUUCCGCUCUGGGGCCGCGUUUGUCUCUGCACGGCUGGGUAUCUCGCCUAUCCCGCCCAUUUCAGCAGAGCAGCUGCAACUGGAUCGCUCGCGGGGCGGUUUGAUCAUCGCGGGCUCCUACGUCCCCAAGACAACAGCCCAGCUGAAAGUCCUCCGCGAAAAGGCAGGUGAUCGUCUGACUACCGUCGAACUCGACGUGAACAAGCUUCUAGCUUCAACACACACUGCGGAAAGCGAGCUUGAGCGCGCCCUCACUACUGCCGAGAAGGAGUUGCAGAAGCCACAAGAUGUCUUGAUCAUGACGUCUGGCGAGCUGAUCUUGGGUGCCGACGAGCGCUCCUCGCUGGACAUUGGAUCCACUGUUGCAGCAGCACUCGUUUCCUUUCUCCAGCGCCUGCAGACGAAACCACGCUAUGUCAUUGCCAAAGGCGGAAUCACGAGUAGCGACAUGGUUACCAAGGGACUGAACAUGAAGAGGGCAACGAUUGUGGGGCAAGCAGCGGCAGGCGUCCCACUCUGGAGAUGCGACGAGGAGUCGUGCAAGCAUCCCGGCUUACCGUAUGUGGUUUUCCCCGGGAACGUGGGCAGCGACCAGACACUGUGGGACGUGGUCCACAGGUGGUCUUUAUAG